AUGGUCUUCCAGGAAUCAGGCACCCAGAAGGAGUGCAGCGGCGGCUUCCGUGGACCCGACGAGACUGUGACGGAGGAACGCAUCCAGCACAUCCUGAGUGAGGCCUCGCGCGCCAUGACCUCAGGCCCGCCCCAGCCCGGCCAGCAGGACCAGGACUCCCGCAGCACCGACUCCAAGUCCCCCGCCAGCUCCACACACUCCCCCAGCAGCCCCCUUACGCGAGACGCCAGACCACGCAUGCGCAAAAUAGGCAACGACGAUAUGCCUGAAGAGAAGGUCGCCAGAAUCUACCAAGACGAACUGAUGAAGCUGAUGUCGCGGCCCCAGGAGCCCCCGCUGCCCCUGCCCCGCGACCCCCAGUACCCCGGCAUCCUGUUCCCCUUCCUAGGCCAGACGCUGCUCUUCAACCGGUCCCACGAGGAGGUCAAGAUGGCCCUGGACGCUUACCACCAGGAACUCGGGAAACUCCAGAGCUCGGCAACGGGUGUGGGACUCGGCGCCGCUGGACUCGCUCUGGGCGGCGCUGGAGGCCUGGGCGUUGGCGUGGGCGGAGCCGUGGGUAUGGGCAUCGGGCUGGGGGCUGGCGGCCUCCACAACGGCGCCCAAGAUCUCUCCCUGCCCAAGCGAGAACAGAGGACCCUGGACGAUGACGAAGACGGGAGGAACCUCAGUGCUGCCUCGCCUUUCUGUCCCCGAACUAAGGCUGAGACGAGUCUCAAUACGGCAACCUCCCUGAGUAGUCUGAGCACGCCCACACCACUCAGCAACCUUGUAACUCCCAUCACCUCCAUCGCAGUUAGCAGUAGCAGCGGCGGCGAAGACUGUGUGUCCGCCUCGCCCCUCCAACGCAUGGCUUCGAUCACCAACUCGCUCAUGACGGGCCCGACCAUCUCCACGAAUUCCUCGGUGCCCCAGAAGCCCCUGAAGGCGAUCCUGCCCCCCAUCACCCAACAACAGUUUGACCAGUACAGCAACAUGAACACCGAGGAGAUUGUCAAGAAGGUGAAGGAACAGCUGAGUCAGUACAGCAUUUCUCAGCGGCUUUUCGGCGAGAGCGUCCUCGGGCUGUCUCAGGGCUCCGUGUCUGACCUGCUGGCCCGCCCCAAACCCUGGCACAUGCUGACGCAGAAGGGCCGCGAGCCGUUUAUCCGCAUGAAAAUAUUCCUCGAGGAUGACAACGCGGUGCACAAGCUGGUUGCCUCGCAGUACAAGAUCGCCCCUGAGAAGCUGAUGAGGACAGGAGGAUAUACCGCCCCGCCCCGCUCAGGGAAGCCCCCACACCACAUGAAGCUCGCCGCUGACCUCCCAAAGAGCAUUGAAUCCCCCUUGCCGCCUGUCGGGAUCCCCCCCUCCCUCGGCGGCCUGCCUCUCCCCUCACACCCGAUGUCCUUUGACUCCAGAAUGCCCCCGCUCGACCCCCUGCGAAAGAGCGCACUGAGCAACCCGCGCCAUCCCGGCCCCGUGGCGCCCUCCGUGUACGAGAUGGCGGCCCUCACGCAGGACCUCGACACACAGGUCAUCACCACCAAGAUCAAGGAGGUGCUGCUCGCCAACAACAUCGGCCAGAAGCUGUUCGGCGAGGCGGUGCUGGGGCUGUCGCAGGGCUCCGUGUCUGAGCUGCUCAGCAAGCCCAAGCCGUGGCACAUGCUGAGCAUCAAGGGCCGCGAGCCGUUCAUCCGCAUGCAGCUGUGGCUGAACGAUCCGCGCAACGUGGAGAAGCUGCAGCACAUGAAGAACGAGCGGCGGGAGGCCAACAAGCGGCGGCGCGCCCUGGACCCCACGGCCGAGGUGUCGCAGGACUCGCAGGACGUGUUCCAGGCCCCGUCGCCGGGCGGCACCUCCAAGAAGCAGCGCGUGCUCUUCUCCGAGGAGCAGAAGGAGGCCCUCAAGCUGGCCUUCGCCCUGGACCCCUACCCCAACCUGGCCAACAUCGAGUUCCUGGCCCAGGAGCUGCAGCUGUCCACCCGCACCAUCACCAACUGGUUCCACAACCACCGCAUGCGCCUCAAGCAGCACCCCGGCAGCCCCGGCGGCAGCAGCUCCCCCUCCCGCGAGCCCCCGCAGCCGCCCCCCGGCCAGGCCCAGGGCGCCCCCUUCGACCCCCUCAACUUCCGUAUCCUGCUGUCCCAGCGGAUAAUGGAAGUGAGGAAGGAGAAGGGCCUGCCGCCCACCCUGCCCGGCCUGGGCCACGGCCUGCCGCCCAGCCUGUUCCCGCACUUCCCGCAGCUGGGGCCGCACGGCCUGACCGGCCACGCCCUCGACCGUGACCUGGGCAGCGGCCUCGACCUGUCCAUGAAGUCCGAGAACGACUACGACGACACAUCCCUCGGCGACGACGACUCCAACAUGUCCGGCGCCAUGAGCCCCGGCGGCGGCCGCUCCGAGGGGGAAGGCGAGGACCGCGAUGGGCGCGGCGCCCCCUCCCCCGUGGCGCGCUCCUCCUCGCGCCGCAAGCCCGCCGCCCCGCAGUGGGUGAACCCCUCGUGGGCGUCGGGCGACGGUAAGGAGCGCGAGGUGAUCAUCAACGGCGUGUGCGUCAUGCAGACGGACGACUACCGCCCGCGCGACCAGCGGGACCAGCAGGAGACGGUGCGCAUCGAACCCACGCCCGUCGAGGAGGCGCGCGCGCGCUCCCUCAAGGAGGAGCAGGAGGAGGAGCCCGAGGAGGAGCCGCAGCAGCCCGCCUCCUCCAUGCCCUCCCCGCCCCCCCGCCCCGACCCCGCCGAGGGGGAGUCCGGCCCCCUGCAGGAGGAGGAGGCCGCGGCCCCCCAGGAGGGAGCCGCGCCGGGGCCCGACGCCCCCCCUGCCGAGGAGGGCGAGGGCGAGGAGGAGGAAGAGGCGUGAUGUUAGUGUCGGCCUAACGGAGACGCUUUGAUGCCGGAGUUUGUGACGCGUCGGUCGUGGCGGCGGCCAGGGGCGGCGGCGGCGGACGCCCUCCCGGAAUCUCUCGUAGGCACGUUGUGGGCCUAUAAAUCACAAUUUAGACUCUCAAGUCAUAAGUCCUGCAGACGUCAACCUCUGUUAUUUUACUAUGAAAUGUUCGUGUAUUUUACUUGUUAACUUGUCGAAAGGUUUGUACAUAACAUUUUCCCUCGUCCCGUUUUCUUUUGUAUGGAGCUCCCGUAGGCUAGUGACGCCAGGUGUUGAGAACGCCAGGCCGCCGCACCGCCCCGGGCCCGGCGCCGCCGCCGCACCGCGAGGCGAAGCCCAACAAACAGACACGAGAGUCGCCGAGCUUUGCCCGUGAACCGCGGCCCAGGUGACCUCCCCGCCAGGUGUAGCAGACGCGGCACCUCGGAGGCACCCCAGUGAACCCAGCACUGGACGGCCCCGCGGGGCGCGUCGUCCCGCCGUGGCUGGGGCGUGAGGGACGGCCGGGGCGGCGCGCGCUAGUCCCACGCCCUCACCUGGCCGCCGCCGCCGCCGCCGCCAUCCAGGUGAACGCGAGCGCUUCAAGAGUCCUAAUUAACGACCCGUGAAGGAAAUACAACGUUCGACCUUACUGAACAGGCCUGUGUGUGUUAGCUGAAGCCUCGCGCGCGGCUCUAAAGAAAGCAAAGAGUGUCAAGGUACAUGAAUACGUUGGUGACCUUACCUGACAGAAAGGACAAGCGGAUGACCUAGGAAAUAGAAAGCGAUCAAGUUCCAUGAAUACAAACAUGAGCUUGACCUUACAAAACAGGCCUUCGCUUCGCCUGAGCCUAAAAAAGAAAGCAUAUUAAGUUUGACAAAGAAAAUAUGAUGUUAACCUAAGGAAAAAAAAACUACUUGUAUAAAUAUUAAGCCUUGAACAAGCAACCCCAUAAAGAAACGCAAGAAUUCAUUAAGUUCGCAAGCCUGACGCGACCGGCUACACAUGAAUGACCAACCAACGCAACGAAGGAACAUUAGUGAUGACGUCAUACACUGCUCGCCUCCCCAUUGGCUGCUGAAAGAGAGAACCUGUGGUGUGAUUGGCUGAGCUCGAGGGGGAAGUGCAAGAUGAUUGGCUGGUGUGUUGUGGUUGACAGAAACAAGUGGAAACGAAGCAAUUGGUGUAGUUGUUAAGGAGAGAAAGAAAGAACGAGUAAAAGAAAGAAAGAAAGAAAGGAAGAAUGAAAGUGAGAGAAUUGUAGGUUUAAGGAGAGUUAGAGAGAGAGACUCAGAGUAUCAACCAUUACCUGAGAGAGAGAAAACUUUAACUUGAGAGAAAAAAAAACUUAGACCAAUCACGACCAUUCUGUCUUCUCGGUAAAAAAACAAAUAGUGGAAACAAACAAUCACAAAAAAAAUCACAUCGCGGGUACGGUAAAUAAACAAACAAACAAACAAAUGCAUUCACGGGUAGGGAACGAAAAAAAAGACACAAAACAAAAACAAAAACAGACAUACCCAUAAAAAAAACAAGCCUGGAAUUCAAACACAAACGAGAGAAAUAAAACAAAACAAAAGCAAACAACAGACAUACCCCAAAAAAGAAAAACAAGCCUGUAA